AGCGGCGCGGGGAUUGGCUGCGGCGCCGGCGACGUCAGGCUGCGCGGCCCGAGCGGCCGCCCGGCUCGGCGCGGCUCAGUCGAGAGAGAGUCUCGCCUUGUGGAGCAGUUCUGGGCCCCCAGCCUCCAGCCUCAGCCGGGCCGCGCCGCUAGACCUGGGACGCGCCUCCGCGCCUGCCGCCGCCGCCUCCGCCCGGCCGCCCCCGCCCCGGCCCCGCCAUGACGAAGAAGGAGAAGAAGUCCUUCCAGCAGAGCCUGGCCGAGUGGAAGCUCUUCGUGUACAACCCGACCACCGGGGAGUUCCUGGGGCGCACCGCCAAGAGCUGGGGUUUGAUCUUGCUCUUCUACCUAGUCUUUUACGUGUUCCUGGCUGCACUCUUCACAUUCACAAUGUGGGCUAUGCUUCAGACUCUAAAUGAUGAGGUUCCAAAAUACCGCGACCAGAUUCCUAGCCCAGGACUUAUGGUUUACCCAAAGCCAGUUUCUGCAUUGGAAUAUUCAUUUAGUAUCUCUGAUUCAAGUUCAUACGAUGGGUACAUUAAAGAUCUUAAGAAAUUUCUAGAACCAUAUGACGCAAAAGCACAGAACAAUCUCACAGCCUGUCCUGAUGGAGCACUUUUUGAACAGAAAGGUCCAACUUACUCUGCGUGCCAGUUUCCUCUUUCCAGACUUGACGUGUGCAGUGGCAUAAACGAUCCUAACUUUGGCUACUCUGCUGGAACCCCUUGCAUUCUUGUGAAAAUGAACAGAAUAAUUGGAUUAAAGCCUCAAGGAGAGCCAAGGAUAAAUUGUACUUCGAAGGAUCAAAAGAUAGCAACUAUACAAACUUAUCCUCCUAAUGGAGCAAUAGACUUGAAAUAUUUUCCAUAUUACGGGAAAAAACUACAUGUGAACUACCUACAGCCACUAGUUGCUGUCCAGGUCAGCUUUAGCUCAAACAGUGCUCCAGGCGAAACCACGUUUGACUGCAGGAUCGAGGGAGCGGCCAACCUGAAGAACCAUGACGACCGGGACAAGUUUUUAGGACGAGUUGUGUUCAAAGUCACCAUGCGUGCAUAGUAAGAGAUAGGGUCUCUCCACAGAGCACAUGUGCUGUCUGUCUUCAUCUUGUAUCAGCUGGACCUGCCAUUCUAGAAAUAGGGGACCACCUCGGAGCAAGGUGGGUGGCACCUGACACUGGGGUGACAUCAUGAUGCCUUCCCAGAUUAUAGCAUUCAGUGUCCUCGAAGUAACUGCCUGUUGCCUCUGCUGCCUUUGAACCAGUGUUCAGUCGCCAGACAGGGACCAUGAACACCUACCUGAUCCUGAACAUGUACAAUGGGGGUCUUGUCCUAUUUUUAUGUGGUUUAAUUGCUGAGUGUCUGAAGCUUAAUGUGCUGUGCUAUGUAAAUAUUUUAUAGACUUAACACUGGUUAACUGUCGUAUUUUGAUGCCAGCAAAGACUUAGUGUUAAAAUGGCACCUGACCAAUAUGGCGUCAUAGCUGCAGGUAUGUGGUGUGUGGAGAAGUUUCUGUAUGUGAGGAAGGAAAAUUAAAAUAAAAGAUUUGAAAGGUG